AACACAUCUAGCCUUUACUGUCACUACGUAAAUAAAUUAAACAUUAUUUUUUCUUGACUUAACACGCAAGUUCACCUCGUUGAAAUUUUCACUUCGUCAAAAACUAGUACGAACGUUUGCAACGACAUCAAAUUACCUUCUGUAGUGUACAACAACGAAUUUGCUCCACUGAGUGCAGAAGAGAAGAAAAAGAAACCGAGCCUUCUUCCGCAGUGAGCAGCACAACACCGGCGCGAUAAGGUAGUGGUGAGCACUAGCCGGCUGCAACAAUAUAUACCGAACACCAGCAACGAAAAAAGAGUCAUCAUUUCGUCCUCAAAUAGAAAACUGUCAGAUCUGGUGAUGGCAAAGCGGGCCGCCGGAUUUCUCAUAUUUCGGCGGGUCUGUGAACGAAUAGAGUACUUGAUGCUGCAGGCAUCAUACGGGCAGCAUCACUGGUCCCCUCCGAAGGGCCACGUCGAUCCCGGCGAGGAUGAUUUCAAAACUGCACUUCGGGAGACGACCGAGGAGUCGGGUUACGUGGCCGCUGAUUUGCAGGUUUUCAAAAACCAAACUCGAACACUCGAGUACAAGGUCAAGGGCCAUGACAAGGCCGUAGUCUAUUGGCUAGCGGAGUUGAUUAACCCUUCCAAGGAGGUGAAACUUUCCGACGAGCAUCAGGAUCUCAAGUGGCUCGAGCGUGACGAUGCGAUACAGAUCGCCGGCUACGAAGAUUUUGCCGCAAUGGUCCGACACUUUGACGACAAGAUCAAACAGGACUACGACCAGCUGUGAAUAAGUUUACCCGCGGCAGUGAACAUUCGAAAUACCUAACUAUAUAUAAAUAACGAGUUUUCCUUUUUUUCCUAUUACCAGCAUAUAUGAAUAUAUUUAAACAAAGAAAUGGCUACCGUCGAGAUGCAAGGUAAUAUCGAUUUACAAAUUAUAUCCAAUUAGCUUUUGAAUCGUCCUCGUCGCGUUUGGAUCCGAUUGGCGGGGGCACACAAAGCACCUACUCAGAGCAAAAUGUUUUUGGAUGGCCGUGGUUUCAAAAAUCCGGCUCAAAAAAUAUCCAUUGCGUUUUAGCCGUUAAUGAUGGAAUAUGUAUAGCUUGCAAAGUACUAAUGAAACAAAAUGACAAAAAUUAAGGCUCAGUGAAAAAUAAAAAUUUAACGCAACUAUCGCAAA